AAGCAGGGAUUGAUGGAAUGAAAGGAGAGAAGGGUGUCCAGGGUGAGAAAGGAGACCGAGGUCCACUGGGAUUGCCCGGUGCUUCAGGUUUAGACGGCAGGCCUGGACCACCGGGUACUCCAGGACCAAUUGGAGCUCCAGGACCAGCAGGACCAAAAGGGGAAAGGGGCAGUAAAGGUGACCCUGGAAAUGCAGGACCAAUGGGGCUAGCUGGGCUUCCUGGUUUACAAGGCCCAUCUGGUGACAAAGGAAACCGGGGGGAGAGGGGCAAGAAAGGCUCUAGAGGGCCUAAAGGGGAUAAGGGAGACCAAGGAGCGCCUGGAUUAGAUGCACCCUGUCCAUUGGGGGAAGACGGCUUGCCAGUUCAGGGCUGCUGGAAUAAGUGAUGAUUCUAACCAUGGACUGGCCUGUGUGUUUUUUGUACAUAGAAUAUUUAUUUUUAUACAGUGUUCUUUUCUGAAAUGCCAAGAAGUUAUACAUUUUACAAAUUAUCAAAAGCUGCAUAUAUUUUGUACAGAAAAUACUAAAUUGCCCUUUUUCUGUUUGUCAAUCCUUUAUAUAAUUCUGUGUCUAUAUUAUGCUUAUAUUGUUGUGGAGUCCAGCUGUAAUAUUUGCAUGAUAUUUGUGCACACUUGAUAAGUAUUGGAACUUAAUAAAUUAUUGCAUUCAGGUGCCAAAAGGAACUGCCCUAUAUAGAUCUGAAGGUCAUUUCCCUUGCCAAAUUGGGAGAAUUAAAGAAUAUUUGAAGUGUUAUGGAUUUUAUUAUUAAAAUGAAAUAUGACAAUGUUAUCUUUUUGUGAAUAAACUAUGGUGUUGCUGGGGAAAGCCUGG